UUUAAGGAAUUUGACCCUCAUUUUGAUUGGAAUCAAAGAGUUGAUGAGGUAAUAUCAUGGAUAGUACAUCCCAAAAGGCCAGCAAAUUUGAUUAUGCUUUAUAUUGAGGAGCCAGAUUCACAUGCUCAUGCUUUUGGUCCUGAUUCACCAGUAAUUAUUGAGUUGAUAAAAAGACUUGAUAAUUUAACUUGUUACUUAAUUAAAAAAUUAGAGGAAAACAACUUAACAGAAAAAGUAAAUUUAAUAUUUCUAAGUGACCAUGGCAUGGACAGCGUAAGCCCGCCGCAUUUUAUAGACAUAACGCAAUAUUUAGAGCCCCAUACUUAUGAUAUUGCUGGAAGCUCACCUGUUUUACAUAUUCUUCCCCAUGAGGGAUACGAAGAAGCAAUUUAUGAAAACUUGACUGAAUUUUCUAAGAAACAAGGACACUUUUCGGUGUUUAAAAAGGACGAUCUUUUGACUAGAUGGCACUUUAAAAAUAAUCCACGUACCCCUCCUAUAUUUCUUUUAGCUGAUGAUGGUUAUGGAUUUCAAGACUUGGCAAUUUCAGCUGAAUAUCUUUCGAAAAAAUUCAAUUUUAAAGUGAGCAACAAAUCGAAAUUUGGCGUUCACGGUUACGACAAUUUAGAUUUGAAAAUGAAGCCAUACUUUGUGGCACGCGGGCCGAAAAUAAAAAAGAACAAGAUGGUUAUUCCUUUCUGGACUGUCGACUUGUUUGCGUUGUUUUGCGAAAUUUUAGAAGUGCCCCAACUCCCCUCCAACGGUUCCUUACUACGGGUUCACGAUGUUUUAGUGUCGAGGCCCUACUUUGUACAAGUGUUUCCGAAGUUUGUACUGGUUGCUAUUAUGGUCUAUGGAGUGCUUGAUCUAAUGGUUUUUUAUAGGUAUGGAUUUUUUACUUGAAAGUGAGAUUAAAAAAGAAACGCAAUGUCUUCAUUGUACACUUGAUAUUAUUGUUGUCAGUAUUUUUAAAAUAUGUGAAUGUGAUAUAAUCUUUUCUCAAUAAAACGUUUUAAUUAGCUA